GCAAACCAAACUUUUUCACAAUGAAUUCCUUGCGGAGAUGGCUAUACAGACCAAAGAAAUCUGAUACUUCCCUGUUAGCAAAGUUCUUUUUUGCUGAUGAAGAGCUCAACUUUGUGGCUGCUGAGUUGGACAGUUUUGAUGGAAGGAAGGAUCCAGAGAGAUGUACAACCUUAGUGAACAAAUUAAGAAAUUGUCAGGACAAAGUCCUAGUUAUAAUACAAAAAAUCAUUGAUGAAGCUGUAAGUAGUCAGAAGGCAAGCAGAGACUAUCGAGUGAAAUUUCCUGACGAUGUACAACAGGAAAACCUGGCGGGCCAGCUUUGGUUUGGAGCUGAGUGUCUGGCUGCUGGGUCAAGUAUCAUGAAUCGAGAGGUAGAGAGUGCAAGUAUGCGACCACUAGCAAGGGCUCUUACAAAAAAUCUAGAUAGUUUAAGGACGUUACUUCGGGAACAAUGUCUACGCAACCUAAAUUCUUACACUGAAAGGAUCAAAGAAGCAUUGAUUAUCUUUGACAAAUUAUUUGCAGAAUUUGAAUUAAGAUAUGUGAGUGCUAUGGUACCCGUGAAAAGUAUGAAUGAUUAUGACCUAUUACAGGAAAUUACAGUGCUGUUCUCGGAGACUGUUCAGAGGGCAUUAAAGCAGAAACUGUUGAGUCAGGAGACAAUUGAUGAUUAUGAUCCAGCACUCAUGUUUACCAUUCCCAGAUUAGCCAUGAUCAGUGGAUUGCUGGUGUUCCCAGAAGGUCCCCUGAAUCCAGAUAUGCAGUCAUCCAGCAUGUCGGAGAUGUUCAGGCCAUUUCAGACUCUUUUACUAAAAAUUAGAGAACUGCUGUACACACUUUCCCCUCAAGAACUACUAGCUUUGGAAAAAGCUUUAUGUAGUGCUGAUGAGCCAGAAACAUCAACAACUACUCUUACGAAUCGGAUCUCUCAAACUGAUGCUGGAUUUGAAGACAGUUUAGAUCCAAGUGGGUCUGGUUUGUUUCCAGAAGGAAGUGUCAAAUUAGAAGACUUGGGCAACAUCCUGCACCACACACCUAACUCUGGAAGUCCUGUGACCCCAAUUACUCCAGUUGUAGAUCCUGGGACAUCAGAUUUCCCGGUGUUCCCAUCAACAUCACAAUCUCUCGGGCAGUAUAGCACACAAGAACAGGACGCAUCCCCAACUGGGACAUUGAUAAGUUCUUUGGAAGAGAAAGAUGAAUCUCUAACUUCGAGUUUGAAUAAAUCUGAGAGUAGAGAUUCUGGACUUCAUAGUGAAAAUGUCAGCACAUCUGAAACUGUUGAAACAGGAGCUAUGGUUAAUAUGAAUGACACAAAUUGUAGUGAUCAAGCGUCGGGCUAUGCUUCCUCAGAUGGGCGAACUCGGGACAUAACAUCAACCAGCAGCUCUGGGGAUGAUACACAGAACAUUUGUUUGAAAAGUUGUUGUUUUCCUGAAAAUGAUGUUUUUGUUUUAUGUCGACAGAUUUUAGAUGAAAUGAUUGACCAUGUGAUUGAAGGACUGUCAGAGCAUGGUCCCCAGUUUGAACGCCAGCAUAGUUGUCCCUAUAACCUGGAUUUUGAAAUUCCAAGAAUAUCUGUCAUGGAACUACAUCCUGAGAAUCACUCGGGGUCCAAGGAAAUGGAUUUGGAUAAUGAUCCAGAUGAUAGUUCUGAUAGACAAAAAGUGUAUGAUUCAAACUGGGAAAAAUGUGAAAGCCCAACAGAUGAUUCCAGUUCCUUUGGUAUUACUGGGCCUUGUGAUAUAGACAGUGAUGAUAGAUCAUCCAGGAUCUGUAAUGCUAAAAAUUGUGAUAAUAAUUGUACACAUGAUAAUGACACUUUGCUGUUUGCCAAAUCCUGUGAUAUUCAUGUUGCCUGUCCUAGCUGCAGUAAGAGUCGUGAUACUGAAGAAAGCAACAGUGGGGACAUAAGCAGCGGUGAUUCCAGUGGGAGUAGUUCUUCCAUGACUAAUACCUGUAACUGUGAUCAAAGUUCUGUUGACAGGGCAGACUCAGACUGCUCAGACAGUGUAUGUAAAUGUGGUGUUGGAACUGGAAGUAGUGCAAGGAAAUGUGAUAUUUCAGUGAAUGAUACAGACAAUAGUUGUUACUUUACACCUAGGACAUCUUCUCAACAUUCCACAGAAACGCCCUCAAGUUCUCAGUUUGGACACUCACCUAGUGAGGCUGGGAAUUCUCUGAUAAACAAAACAUUGAUUGAUCGUCCAAGAUCACCACUGCCAAGACCAAGUCGGUCAUCUAUCCACACAAAAAUGGAAGUUGUGGUGGACAAUGGUCCGAGGGAUCAGACCACCUUGUCCUCAGGUAGCAAUACACUUGAAAUGCCCCGAAUACAGAGACUGCGAUACACUGAUAGUGUCAGCUCCAGCUACUCAAGUUGCCUUAGUAACACUGAAAAUGAGUGGGAUAGCAGUGGAGGGAGCAGUGAGACGAGUUCCUACAACUCCGAAUGUCCAGAUGAGGAAGAGAUAGCACUGGCCAUUCAGGCAGCAGAGAUUGCAUCACGCACCGAAGCUCGCUCACGCUUUAGCAGUAGCAGGGAUCUUAUUCACAGACUUUUUGUCUGUAUAGCUGGUGUAGCAGACCAGCUACAAACAAACUAUGCUGGAGACCUACGUCACAUCCUCAAAUGUGUGUUUGCAAUGAACUCCUCAGAGCCACCCAUAGUUGAGGAACAUCAGGGCAAGUCCACAAGUCCUCAGAUCAUACACACUGGUGUCCAGAGUCCCCAAAGAGACCACCAUCGUCAGAGUACACCCCACCGACACCGUCGCAGGACAAGAGUCAGAGAACCUCCAAGCUGGGUCCCUGAUGAUCACACAACUAUAUGUACAUCUUGUAAGACCCAAUUUACAUUUGUGCGCCGACGCCAUCAUUGCCGUAAUUGUGGAAAAAUAUUUUGCAGUAGAUGCUCUGCCAAUGCUGUCCCCCUGCCUCAUUAUGGACAAAUCAACCCAGUGAGAGUGUGUAACCGAUGCUUCAUGUUUCAAGUGACACCUUUUACAGUGUCCAAUGAGUGAUUCACUUUUACUAGUUCCAAGUAAAUCAGAAGAGCUUCACUUUAUCAUUUUGGUGUCAAACUGCUUCUUUUACUCAAAAUGAGUGAAAAAAAACCAAUUCCAAUUAAGAAAUGAUUUGUAGUAUCCCUCAUCUCACUCCCUAAAAAUGAUUGAUACAUGUAAUAACUACAUAUUUACAACAAAAUGUCGGUAUUGAAGUGUUCAUAAGACACUUCUUACUGACAUGAAUAAAGUCCCAAUCUCUAGAAGUAUUGUUAUGAUGUUUCAUGUGUCAUCGUACUGGUACUAACAAAGUACCCGCGGAAAGCAAUAAAUUAUCUUUCCAGAAUAAUUGCACUAAAAUGUUUAUUUUUAUUGUUUUAUUUUAUAAAUAGGGGAUCAAUUUUCAUAUACGUGACUCAUGUUGGGUUUUGAAGAAAAAAACCUGUUGGAAAGUUUUUAUGAUGAAACUUGACUUGAACAUAAAAGAAAUAAUGUUACUCUAAACUGGGAAAUAUUUGGCAUGGUAAUCUUUUAUCCAAGGAAACUUUUGCUGCGUUAAACUUGCAGCCUCAGAUAAAUGGUCAUCAUUAAUUAUGAUAGCACCAAAAAGUGUACUGAAAUUAUCAAGUGAUGCUGUGAUUUUAAAGCUGAUUUUCUGAUUAUUUUCUCUUCUUCUUCCAACAUCUAUGUGACUUUACCUUUCAUUAGGUUUUGUCACGGUCGUAGUUGAAGAUGUUCUGUUGACAUUGUAUCACUAGGUCACAUUUGCAUAAGCAGUUGAAACGGUUGGACCAGCUGAACCUGUAACAAAAAAGCUAGGUACAAAUAAGAGCCGAAUCUAAACUGCCGAAAAUUUGGCACUCACAUUUUAAGGUCUCAGUUGAACCUCUGCAAAACUAACUUGCUGAAUACAAUUCAGCAUACAGCAGGGUUGGUGCACACACCUAUUUUUUUGAAAGUUUUUCCCUUUUAAGUAGGGGUUAAAAUAGAUGAGAUUUUAGUUUUGUUUAUAGUUAUUUAUAUUUUAUAGAAUAUUCCAAAACUGUGCUUUUGAGCUUUACAUAAAUCAGUUUCAACAUCUGAUACAUUUGCAUUCAUGUAUCAAGUAUCUGGGUCACCUAAACCGUUUCAACCAGGUUAUGCAAAAGUGCAUUAGAAAUAGAGAUCUUUAUUUUCAAAAAAUCAUUCAAGUCUCUACAACUCCAAUUAACUGGGAUGGGAGUUUUUAUUCAAGUAGAAAAGCCUGGAAAUAAAUAUUGAGCUACAAAGAAAAAAAAGGAUAAGAGAUAGAAGAAAUAUUACCUGAUGUGACUGGUUUGACUUUGUGUUAUUGGUAUUUUGUUUCUAGAUUUUGAAUUAGGUUGAGAACUUGAGUAAUUAGGCUAGGAGUGAUUGAAGUCUAUCUUUUGUUGUUAUGGUGUACAUGAUAAAUUCCAAUGCUUGUGUAUUGUAGAUAUUUUAUAUUUUGGUUGUUUUGAUGGUUUGUUUAUGGUUAUUCACAUUUCAGCAAAUAAUCAAUGAAAAACAUAAUAAAUCAUAAUAGAAUC